UAGGGAUAGUUUAUUUUUUAUUAAAUUAAAUUAAGUUUUUUGAAUUAAAUUAAGGCUAAUAAUUGCAAUAGAAAGCAAGCACGUGAAAUCGUAUUGAUGAAAAUAAAUUAGGUGAUUUUUGUGUUGUGAAAAGUGAUAAAUAUUGUGCGCGCUCAAAACAUUUAAUUAAUUCGACAAUAUUAAAUAAUAAAAGAAAAUCAUAUCAGCUUUUUGAAGAGUUUCUUAGGGGAUGCUGUUUGUGAUUGCUUUGGACAAGCGAAAUAGCGGCGAAGUGUUUUGUGUUUUUGUGUAUGGCGCCGUGUGCGAUGUUCAAUACCAAUCUAUUGGUUAUAUCCGAUACGAGAUCGGCAUAAUAAUUGUAAAUAAUUAAGAAAUAAGAAAAAAGAAAUAAGCGAAAAUAAAUUGCUAAUUGUGCAAAGAAACCGCCGGCUGUUAAGAGAAAAGUAGUACGCGUUUAGCUGAUAAAUUUUGUUUUAUUGUGGAUAAUGGGAAAAUAUUGAAAUUGCAGACAAAGGAUAAUCUAUACAGUACGAUUGCACACCCUAUCCAACAUCCCUAAUUAAAUCAACUACUCCAACUGAAUAACAACUUGCACAGACUCUCCUUGCAGUUUAUAUUACAACAAUAAUAAUUGUAUUCUUUUAUGCCAACGCUUUUAAAACAACAAACCACCAUGUAUAUGCAACAGCUGCUUAAUUAUAAAUAUUUGUCUAAGGAGCAUCUCAGUGGAUUCGAUCAUUAUAAGUACAGCGCACGAGAUACCUCCCCGUUGAGUGUUUACAUUAUGCACCCGUUUUGGAACUGGAUUGUCAAGUUUUUUCCAAAAUGGUGUGCGCCCAAUGUAAUGACUUUCCUUGGCUUCCUUUGUACGGCACUAAAUUUCUUUCUGUUAUCUUAUUAUGAUUGGAAUUUCUAUGCAAGUUCUGGCCUUCAAGAUACAACACCUAUACCUUCCUGGGUUUGGUUAGCCACAGCCAUAAAUAUAUUUUUAGCGUACACACUGGAUGGUAUAGAUGGUAAACAAGCGCGCCGUAUUGGUCUUUCUGGUCCUCUGGGUGAACUCUUUGACCAUGGCUUAGACUCGUAUACAGCUGUGCUGAUACCUACAUGCUUGUACAGUAUAUUCGGACGAAGUCCGCAUUAUUCUGUUGCACCCAUGCGCAUGUACUAUGUAUGCUGGAUGGUGUUCUUUAACUUUUAUGUCUCCCAUUGGGAAAAGUACAAUACGGGCGUUUUAUAUUUGCCAUGGGGUUACGAUUUAAGUAUGUGGGGAUCAACAGCUAUGUACCUAAUAACAUGGUGGUUUGGAUUCGAGUUCUGGCAGAAAGAUCUACCAAUUGGUGUGCCAUUGGGGAAUGUUAUGGAGUUCGUUCUACAUUUCAGUGCAAUGGCUAACACUCCAAUGGUUGUAGUUAAUGUUUACAACUCGUAUGUGCAAAGGACUGGCAAAAUGCGUAAAUUUAAGGAAGCCAUGCGGCCACUUUGGCCCUUAUUUGCAUACAUGGUUUUGCUAUUAGCAUGGCCAGCCAUUUCUCCAAAUAAUAUUAUUGAAACGGAUCCGCGUGCUUUGUUUAUGUUAAGCGGUACUAUAUUUUCUAAUAUCAGUUGUCGUUUAAUUGUUUCUCAAAUGUCAAAUACUCGUUGUGAAUGCUUCCAUUGGAUGACACCUGUAUACGUUCUUUGCAUUGCGAUUGGUGUAUGGUUACCUGUCUUAGAGCGGCCGAUGUUGUACUUUUUGCUCAUCGCUACUACAGCAACUCAUUGGCAUUAUGGUGCAAGUGUGGUCAAUCAAAUGUGUGAACACUUCAAUCGUAUCUGCUUCAGUGUCAAAAUGCGUACUGCUGUUCGGCUAAAUAAUGGAACAAACUCUAAUGUGCCGCCGAAUAAUGCAGAAAAUUCAGAAAAUGCUGAAAAUGCUGAAAAUGCUGUGAAAAUAGAUUGAACGCUAUAUGAAUGCAUCCAAGUGGUAGUAAAAAAGAGGCUUCUUUUUUAUGGAUAAAAAUUAUAUUGUAAUCUUUGUUUUAAAUUUAAAUAUAUUUUCUUAAAUGUUUAUAUAUUUCGCAUGAAAUAUAAAAUUGUGCUUUGCAUUUGUAUUUCCUAUACAGUUUAUUUUGUCACCAAAAGACUUUAUCGACUACGUACAGAACAGAUUGUA